CGAUCUUCUCGGCUUGUGAUUAUGGUAAUAUACUUUCAAAGUUACAACUGUGAUUCUUUCAUCUGAUUCUUUAAUUUGUGAUUAUUUUCUUGUUGUAGAUAUUUAGUUUCACUUGGGUUACUUUGGUGAUUUAUAGGGUAUUAGUUAGAGAUUGGUUGGUGGGACUUUUCACCUAUCUAUAAUACUAUAAUUAAAUGAUAAAGGAAAUAUCACCUUUAUGAAGAAGUAUCUAUAAUUAAAAGUCAGUCUCAAAUUUGAAUGGAGAAGUAUCAUGUCGUUUUUUCUUUUAAAAAUAUAUAUAUCAUUCUCUCUUGCAUCUUUAUGAGGUAUUACCUUUUUACAGGACAUUUAGAAAUGUAAGGAAUUGUUCGGCAUUAGAAAUAGAAAAUACACAUUUUUUUAGUUUUCCCAUAUGAUUCUAUGAUUCAAACAAGAAGCUGAAAAAUUUGCAUCCUGUUUGUAUCCUUUUUCAGCCAGAGUUCAUAUUCUUUGUCAUCCAGUUUGGAAAUCAAUAAUAUAUUAGUAGACAAUGGCAUCCAAUGAAGAGUACAUGUCCAGUUCGCCAUCCAUUGUGUCUCGUUUAAGUAGUACUCACAAACUAGUAUAAAUGUCCCCUCUGGUGUUUUACUAUGGAUUUAUGUCUCUCUUUGUUCAAUUUAAAUUCAGAGACUUCAAGUUCAGACAGGGUUUAAACUUUUUUCAUCUACAUCAUGUUUAAGGAGUCCUCGUGCUGCAACGGAGAUAAACGCUGCUCGGACAAAUCUCUUUUGUCUCAGGACAAUACAAAAGCUCAUUUGUAUGCUUUUGUCUCGGGACAAUACUGGACAAACUACUAGUGAAAGCACUGAAGAGAACAGGCUAAGACUCUUAUCCUUACCUGCUACAAUCCUAGAUUAAGAUACGCUCUCAGCUAUCCAAGGAGCUGCAAACAUAACUAGCUCAGAAACGACUAUCGAAAUCUCCACAAUAUAUAACCUCGCUCAAAAGUUUGCGAAAUCCGUAAGCUGUUAUAUCAUCACUUAAUUGCUCGUUGUGCCAUUCUGCUUCCAAUCUUCACAGGCCUGAUGAAAGCUAAGGGAAGCCAAAUACAUGCAUUUUUUCACCUUUUUCGUCUUCGUUAUCUUUAAGCAGCUGGGGAAACUAUAUUGUGUGCUUUCUUGUUGAUUUCUCUUGUAGACAUCUGAUUAAUACUUAUUCAACUCGAGUUCUAAUUUUCUUUUGUAAUGAUCCUGCUGUGACACCCUGAUACCUGAUCUAGAGCUGCACUGUAAUGAAAUGUCAGAACACAAUUUACACCUUCUUUAUAAUGGCGCCUUCCACAUGUUAAAUGCUAUAAUCACAUUAUAUAUUUCAUUGUUUCGUAACAUGGCAAAAAAGUUUGCGAGUUUCGUGUUUAAUGUGUUUAUUAGUGCUGAUUUUAUUCUCUUUAUUCUUAAGGAGUAGUUUCUAGUUUUCAGGUCGGACUACUUUUCUUCAUCUCAAUGUUAUUCUUCACAAUAUUUUUAACCGAAUAGUUCUAAUUUUUUGAUGAUUUCUUAUGAAUGCAUUAGGGUUUGGUGAUUUUGAUGGAUUCUUAGCUAAUUCAAGUAAGGAGUGCUUGUCUCAUCUCAAAGGUUGAAUAAGUGGCGUGCAUUGGAAGUGAUAGGAAGAAGAGACGACAUGAAACCCAAGGCGCACUCAGGUUCUUCAGGUAAAUCGAUUUCGGUGAAGAAGGAGAAAAAGAAUUCGAUGAGCAAGCCCAAGACAAAGUUUGAGGAGUUCUUAGCCAUGGAUAUAAACAAGGGUUUGGCUGGUGCUGAGGAGGACUUUGAAAUGGAGAGGAGGCUUGCGAAGAAGCUCAGAGUGAAAGAAGGGAGAUUGAAGGGCUCCAAUGACUUGAUGGACGAGCUCAUUGAGGGGAUUCCAUCUGUCCUUGACGAUGAGAUAGUUAUGGGUGGUGACAUGAAUGAUUACGAAAAGGUUGUGAAGUCUACACCGUCUAGUAAAAAACACAAGAAUAAGAAAAAGUUAUCUCAGCCUUCCGCCAAGCUAGAGGAUGAAGUUGUUGGUGUUGAAGAAGAUGCGGAUGUGGUCAAGCAAACCUCAUCUAGUAAAAAACGCAAGAGGAAGAAGUCAUCUCAGCUGUCUACUAAGAAAGACAUGAUUAAUAAUUCCAUCCAACAGUUAGGAAAGAAUCCGGAGGAUCAAAGUGUCGAAGAUCUGCCCAAAGCAGAAGAAGAUAUUUCUUAUUUAGGUAAUAAGGAGACCGAUAUAGUGAAUGAAGAAGAGUCACAUGUGGGGGCCCAUAAAGUGGACAGUAGUAUGAAGUAUGUGGCCCCUCACCUUAGAGCUUGCACAAACAAGGAAUCAGAAGAGAUCUCACAGAUUCGCCGCAGAAUAAGAGGGUUCCUUAACAGGCUCUGUGAAGCAAAUGUGGAAUCUAUUACAGAAGAAGUGGCUGCAAUCUUUCGAUCACUUUCUCGCAGUGUUGGUUGUCAGAUUAUCGGAGAGGAGGUAGUUGCAUCAUGUUCAAGAGGACCUCGUGGCAAUGAACAGUAUGCUGCUGUUUUUGCAGCAUUUGUUGCAGGCAUGGCUUGUUUAGUUGGGAUUGACUUCAGUGCAAAGCUUAUUUCCUCUAUUGCUAAGUCAUUUGAGGAUGAGUACUCAAAGGAUGAUGGUCUUUCUUUACGAAAUCUUACUUUGCUAAUCUCUUAUUUGUGCAUAUUUGGCGUUUGUUCAAGUGAUCUCAUAUAUGACCUUCUAUCUGUGUUGAGCAAGCGUUUGACGGAGAUGGAUGUGUCAACUAUCUUAACAAUCCUACAAUGCUGUGGGAUGAAACUGAGGAGUGAUGAUCCAAUUGGUAUGAAAGAUUUUGUUCUGAGCAUUCAGAAUAAAGUGAAUGAAGCAAGGUUGUUCUCUAAGACUGAGAAGGAUGGGAAACCAAUGAUGAAUAAUAAAAGAAUGGAAUUCAUGCUUGAGACUAUAUUGGACAUAAAGAACAACAAAAAGAGACCAAAAGAUGAUCCUGCCCAUCAUACACGAAUCAAAAAAUGGCUACAAAAGCUGAGGGCUGAAGAUAUUCUACUUCGUGGGCUCAAAUGGGGCAAGCUUCUUGAUCCUGAAAAGAAAGGGCAGUGGUGGCUAUCUGGUGAUUUUGCUUCCACGGAGGAUAAUGUUGAAGAGGUGGCAACUACAAUCAGCAAAGAUGUCCUAGAGACACAAAAGUUGUUGCACCUCGCAUCAGCACAAAGGAUGAAUACUGAUGUGAGGAGAGCAAUUUUUUGUGUCAUAAUGAGUGGAGAAGAUUACAUUGAUGCGUUUGAGAAGAUUCUAAAGCUCGGUCUAACUGGGAAGCAGGAUAGAGAAAUAAUGAGGGUCCUUGUGGGAUGCUGCUUACAAGAAAAGGUGUUCAACAAGUACUACACCGUAUUGGCCUCCAAAUUGUGUAGCCAUGACAAGAAUCACAAGUUCACCUUGCAGUAUUGCAUUUGGGAUCACUACAAAGAACUAGACGAAAUGGAGCUAAACCGUUCAUUGAACCUCGCAAAAUUCGUGGCUGAGAUGUUAUCAUCAUUCUCCCUCUCCCUUGCAAUUCUAAAGACCGUCAAUUUAAUGGAGCCUGCUCAGCUGACUCCAAGAAGGAUCAUGCACUUUAGAAUGCUUAUCGAGGCUAUCUUUGAAAACAGUGAUGCCCUCGUGUGGAACAUUUUCACGCGUGUAGCUGUUGCUCCGGAGCUUGAGAUUUUGAGGGAUGGCCUCCUCUUCUUCAUCAAGCAGUAUGUCGAGGAUGCGAAUAAAGAAAAGAAGAACGCUGCUGGAAAAUUUAAGAUUGUAAAGAAAGCGCUUCAGAAUGUGGCUGGCGUUCUGUUGUAAUCUGUUUGUACGUUUUAUUUGUUUGUUCAAAGAGUAAUUAUUAGAUUGUUUAUGCGAAGUAUGGUAGAGAGAAGCAGAAUGCAAUUUUGAUGAAAUUAGGAUAGUGUUGUUUUGAUAUUUAUUUC